CGUCCUCCUCGGAACUCCCUCCGAGCGCUCUAUGCUUUCAAGGGAGGACAUGCGGUGAUAGCAAUGAGGAGCUGUACAUAGGAUAUCUAAAGAACCAUAUAGCUGAAUCCUCUAUGAUUCAGCCGCUAUUGAUUAUAUCAUAUUACCACCCAGUUCAAGCAUUGAAACAUGGCUGACGCCAAGCCGCACUCUGACAGGCCUCAGAGAAAGAUGUCCACUACAGGGGACAGUUUAUACAAGGUGCUGGGACUGGAGAAAGGGGCCACAGCAGAGGACAUUAAAAGAGCCUACAGAAAACUGGCUCUGAAAUACCAUCCAGACAAGAAUCCAGACAACCCAGAAGCCGCAGAAAAGUUUAAAGAAAUCAACAAUGCCAACUCGAUCCUCAACGAUGAGACCAAGCGCAAGAUCUACGAUGAAUAUGGCUCCAUGGGGCUCUAUGUGUCCGAGCAGUUUGGAGAAGAGAGUGUCAAAUACUACUUCCUCAUGUCGAAGUGGUGGUUCAAGGCUAUGGUCAUGUGCUGUGCCGUUUUCUCCUGUUGCUGCUGCUGUUGCUGCUGCUGUUUCUGCUGUGGAAAGUGCAAACCACCAGAGGAGGAGAACUACCAGUACGUGGACCCAGAAGACCUGGAGGCCCAGAUCAAAGCAGAGCAGGAUGGAGGAGGUGAAACAAUAAUUAUUGUCCAGCCUAAACCUAGUCCUGGUCCAGAAAUCAGCAGUGAAUCUAUUCCAGAUGCAAAAUGACUUGUAAGUGGGGCGGUGAUUCAGAAGAGCUGCAUCAGGGAAGGGAGGCUCAGAUGUCCCUAUUUUGAUCCAGCCCAGUUCCAAUGUCAACACCUCAGAGUCUAUGCAUUUCGCAGCCAGCCAGUCCAAGUACAACACCCAGAAUUGAGCCACCUGCCUGGUCCUGGCCCCGGUCAUUACUAAGGGGGUCCUGCUGAUGGACUCUAAGGCCCCUGAUGUAGUGUGCUGACGGCAGGGCAUCACUGCACCAGGACUAAACUGUGCCACUGCGCCAUACCUUGACUCUGACCCACUGGAAUCGAGUGGCAGUUUGCCAAAAGACAAAGAAGCCUCUGCCAAUCUUAUCUGUGUCUCCAUUGGUGUGUAUGUCUGUCUGUUCGUAUAUAACUACACAUUCAUUUCAAAAUAAUACAGUUAUGAGGCUGGUGCCACUGGGCAGUGCUCCAGCUGGGAAGUGGGUUUUACUUUUGAGGUUUGUUUCUUUUUGGUUCUGGCUAUUUAUUAAAAUUAGUUUAAAGCGUGUUAGAAGCAUGGACAUUGAGUGGAAUGAUCAUGUGUGCAUGCAAAGCAAUAACAGCAUGCCACUACUAUACAGCAUAGGAACAUGCAAGAACCCCUCCCACUUAUCUUUAUCCAAAUGUGGAGCCACAACAUGGCCCCCUUCUUUUUUUUUUUUUUUGCUUCUUUAGAUGGCAGUGUUUUCCAUUCUCAAGUUUGCAGUCAUCUGUUACAUUUGCAUUAUAGUGCAUUUCGUUUAAGAUCAAAUCGGUCAAUCGUGCUCAAAUGACACGACAUAGCGUAAUAGUUUUUUCUGUCCAAUGUGAAGGCAGAUGCCUCAAACGUCAGCUGACGAGCCGUGUGCAAUGGUCAUACAUUUCCCUAAAAUCAUAACUCUUGGAUACGCUGGUGAAAGUUUUUUUUUAUGCACUUUUUUUUUUUUUCACUACCUUCAUUGGAGGCUUCUAAUGUAAAUCUAAUGGCUUCAGCUCUUACAACUACUUCACUACUGCGAAAGCUAAAAUAUCUUUAAUUUGUGAAGUUUUAAUUUGUUCAAAGGGGCUGAAAUGGGAUCAACCCUAUUUUUGGUGAACGCUAUGCCAAAUCGAGCAAACCUAUGCUUUCUUUGUGCUCUUAGGACAUAUGAUGACAAAACGGGAAUAUUUUUAAUGAUCUUAUUUAUUUUUAAUAUAUCAGAAUUGAGAUUAAUGUGUAUGACAUGUUCUGAGUGAAAUGAUGCACUGUGUUAACUUGAUUUCCGAAUUUGGAUCUGCAAGAGCCUCGUGGUUUUAGCAAUAAGGAAAUGCCCAUUGUGUUAAAUGUGAAGGACUCAAAUAGUCAAUAGUAAGGUUACUGUUAGAAACAAUAUAUUAGAG